AUGAAUAGGCGACUACAGGCUGUCGAGGAGGCAGGAGGACCGGACGCCCUCUGUGCAAAAUGCCGCCGCAUAGACUGGAGCUGGCUCGGAAUCCAGUACUACCUGGAUAUACUUGAUGUGACAACUGAUUUGAGGUACCCGCUUGCGGAAGCUAUAAAGUCUGCGGCCACUUGUUGGUUCUGUGGAUGGCUGGUUGCUAUGGCAGAAGACAAGCAUCAUGAUGAUGCCGUAUCUGGUAGGGUUGUUGUUGAGAUAAACAGGAGUGAGGUUCCAAUACUGUGGCGCGAACAGGUGUGGCACAGUCGAGCCGAUAACCUUCCUUCUCUGUACCGGAUCCAGGUCCUUGUUAGCGAGUAUGGUCCUCGUCUAGAUUACCGCAGAGGCUUUAUCCACAAGGCCAGUGGGACUCGAGGGCCUGUGCACGUUUCUGAUAUGCUUGACUCAUGGGACACGGUGGAAGCCGAGCCUUACUCUGCACGACUGCGCCCUGUCAAGGCUGACACGCGACUAUUCAAAUUCUGGAAAGAUUACUGCAUCAAGGAGCAUGGAAAUUUGUGCGAAAGGAGCGGAUGCACCCCAGAGCGUCUGCGCUCGAUGCCAUUUAUUCGGUUGGUUGAUGUUCUCAGAGAGUGCGUCGUCGCUUUGUCAACUUCCGAGCAUGUGAACUGGGUGGCGCUGAGCUAUGUCUGGGGCGAAGCUCAAAAGCACGAAUUAGUGACGGCAAACUAUACCUUGUACCACCUGCCAGGGGCACUAAAGUCUCACAAAAUGCCUGCGACAAUAGUUGAUGCUAUGACAGUUACCAGGGACCUUGGUGAGCAGUAUCUUUGGGUGGAUUCGCUCUGUAUCAUCCAGGACAACGAAGAGGAUAAGCGUCGUUAUAUUCCGGCUAUGGACAUUAUAUACGGACAGGCAAUUGUGACAAUCAUCAACGCCGGUGCAGAUAAAGUGUCCACUGGCAUUCCGGGUCUAGGGCAUGGCCCUCAACGUACGGCCCAGGAUGUGUUCACGAUCAACAAUUCGACGGUUGUGGUGUCGCUCGAUCAACCAUAUCAUACGACAGAAUCGUAUCUGAAAAACACCAAGUGGAAUAAUCGAGGUUGGACGUACCAGGAGUGCCUCCUGUCGCGACGAUGUCUGAUAUUCACCCCGGAGCAAGCUUACUGGCAGUGCCUUCGGGCAUCUCUAUGCGAAGAUGCAAUCUGGGAAGAGCAUAUCUGCAAACAACAGCGCAACAUAUACAGACACUGCCUUGGUCGGGACGGCACCGAUGAGAUCACGAUGGGGGCCUUAUUGGGGAAUGCAUCUACCCACUGGUCCAAACUGUACUCAUUGGCCCUCGAGCAAUUCCGCCAGCGACAGCUCUCCUCAGAAAGUGACUGGAUGGAUGCAUUUACAGGUAUUCUUCGGGUCCUAGAGCACUCAAGGGGACAAGAGUUCUUCUGGGGCAUGCCCAAAAGUCGAUUCGAGCCGUCCUUAGCGUGGGUUGGGAACGAAGCCCUCAGACGCAACACCGCUAGCCAGGUCAUAGCGGCAGGCACUCAGACAGUUUCCUGUCCCUUUCCGAGUUGGUCGUGGACUGGGUGGUUUGGACGAAUCAUUACGGAUGUCGAGAACUUCCAUGGUUCAACUACCCUCCUCCCGCUUAGGUUUUAUCGCCUAGGCAGUGAUGGUGUCCCAACGCCCGUCCACGAUAACCUGGAUGAUGUUCUGUCUGAGUUUCACAACGAUAGUGUCGUUGCCAACGGCAGAGCAAUUAGUUUUCCGCCUAAAAACAACCCAUCAGAUCAUACUUGGAUGGAUACAGCAAGGACCGAAAUUACCACGCUUGACAUUCCGGAUAGCAUCCGUUUCUGUGACAUCGCUCCAUCGCUUCUUUGCUUUUGGACUAGCACGGCCAUCCUGGAGAUCUCGCAGGACAGGCAAAGAUCCAAAAGCGAGCCUUUCAAAGAAAACACUACACUUAGUGACGGAGAGGCAAAGGUCUGCGGACAACACCACUGGAGGGAACCCCGGCUUGACGUUAAACAGGGCAAGUUCAUCGUGAACGCGAGUCUGGAGUGUGCUACCGGCGCUGUAUUAUUGGUAACGUCUUAG